CACACAUAGAAUGCAGUACCGAUCCAGAUUAGUGUUAAAACCACCCAAACACCGAGAGAAAAAAACUUAGUAGAAACUAGUUAGCAAGAAAAAGGACGCUAUAUUCUUUCCAUAAUGGAUACUAAUCAUUUCGACUCCCGGUCUUUCCACAAAACACGGAAAGUGGAGAUGAACGGGUUCAUAGCAGAUGUGGAUAGAGACUUACGAAAGUUCUACCACGCCGAGCAGCGCUCCGUGGCGCUAACGUACGUACUCGCGGUGUGUCUGGGUAUGUUCGGCGCCCAUCACUUCUACCUGGGCCGGACCACGUACGGCGUCAUGUACCUGUGCACGCUGGGCCUGUUCGGCGUGGGUUACCUGGUGGACUUGAUUCGAGUUCCGUCUCUUGUGAAGGAUGCUAACAUCAGGCGCAUUGACGAGGAAGAAGAGAGAACCAUGUCAGACCUGUAUGUUCUCUGGUUUCCGUGUGGAAUCCUAGGUUUUCAUCAUUUUUACUUGAGAAAUCCCCUGUUGGGAGUUCUGUAUCUGCUGUCAGGAGGGAUAUGGGGACUGGGAUGGAUCAUCGAUGGGAUUCAACUCUCUGGGAUCGUUCUACAGUACAACCACAAAGAAGUCCCGUCGGUUUCAAUUUUGUACGCCUAUCUCUUCAUGCUUCCACCGUUCGGUAUUCUCGGGUUUCAUCAUUACUACUGUAAAAGGACGUAUUGGGGAAUCCUUUACAGUCUCACCUUAGGAUGUUUCCUGCUUGGUUGGAUUGUAGACUUUAUCAGAGUGCCGUUUCUUGUGUCUCGAACAGAGGGAACUGAGGAAGACGGACCGAAAAAAUAUCACUCGGACGACGCGUACAUAUUGUGGCUUUCAUUCGGAUUGCUCGGGUUUCAUCAUUUCUAUUUGAAGCGGUAUCGAUGGGGAUUAGUGUACGCAUUGACGCUGGGAUUAUUUGGGAUCGGCUGGAUAGUGGACGCCUAUAGGAUUCCUUAUUUAGUAAAGCAGCUUAACGUGCAGAGCGAUGAGGAGGAGGAUAUUACAAAUGUUGUGUCAAACUUCCAUAAACGACGCGGGUCUUUCUUGUCAGGCGUUAGAAAAGAAGAUAACUAUACGAGAUUUGAUGACGUCAUGCAAAACCAUCGGCCGGAGGGAAGCCCAAAAAUAUUCACUGUUCAUCGGAGCAACAGCAUUAAACGAAUCGUCCCCGAGCAAUCUUUUGAUGACGUCACCACUGAUGAGGACCGUGACGAAAACGAGUUAUAUACGUACAAUGUCGGACAGCUCCGGCGGACAAUAUCGUCCUACUCCAAUAACACUCACACCGUGGCUGUAGACGUCCACACAUGCCCCGGUCAACAUCUAGCGAACCCUCCCUACUCUGAGGAAUCCCGGAAUAUGACACCGGUCUUGCGCUCAAAGCAAGCAAAAAGAAGUGAGCAGAAAAAGAGGAUACAAACAAACGCCACAGAGAUGGAGAUCUCUCAACAACCACGUGACAACGAUGGUGGAUGUGCUAGAAAGGAAAGUGAAAGUAACGGAGUGAUUUAUCAUGAAUUACCGAGUGAAACUACUAAUGCAGAUACCGAUUCAAAUUUACGACAAAAACACAGCACUGAAGAGAAAGUAAAAGUUCGAACAAAAACCAAAAGGAAAAUUAUUGUAUCCCAAAGUAUGAAAACAAAACAACCUACGAAAGAUAAUGCAACAUUUAAUUCUCCUGUAAAGCUAUUAAAAGAAAAUAGUGAAGCGAUGAAUAUUGAACAAGACCAGAAAACGGAUGUGUUUGUUCAAGCAAGAGAAAGUCCAAUUGGUGCUGAUUUAAACAAAGACGUUUAUUCUGUAGAAAAGAGCAAAGAUCCAAGAAAGUUGGACAAAGACCAAAGAGUUGAUGAUAAUCGGAGCGAAUUAGACUCAGACAGUGUGGCCACAGUUGCCAGAUCUUAUUCCACCAUUUCUCAGCGAUCUUCAUCUCAAUCAAACGUGAUGGAAAACUCAAUGACUAGCAUUGACGUUAAUAAAAUGUCGAUCCCGAUCUUAAAUGAUGAUUAUACGAUGACCAAUAGUAACCCAAAUACACCAAGGUCAGCUAGAGAGUCGACGCCUCGAUUUGAUCCUGACCCUAACAACAGCCUACCAAGAGUCAUAAAAGUCCGGAAAAACAAGUCCAUGGCACAGACCAAGAGAAAUAUCAGACGCUCCAUCAAACGCAGUCGGCAGCGCGCGCAAACUUCCGAGAAACCAGAGGAAGAAUACAAAAACCAAGACACCCCAGUGGGAGCAACGGCAGAAAAAGCGGAGACGGAUCAUGGUAGAUAAGACCCGUUUUUACGACUGUAAACUGCUCUUUACGACUGGUUUACGACUCGGUGCAAUAGAACACAACACUUGUGUUAAAACUUUUCUUUAUUUAUUGAAAAAGAGAAUGUUUGUAUGGCAUACUUCAACUUCGCUUUAACUGACACUAACACUAAAAUUAGACUAACAAUAUGAAAAGAUGUACAUGUACAACGAAAGUACAACUGAAUAUAUACACGACUAGCUGCAGUUCUGUAUACGUAGCCCCCGAUCUGAAAAAGACGGCUUAACGAACUGAGGGCUACAGUGUGACACAAUAAAUAAUAUCAGUCCAAAACUAGCACACGUUUUUGUGCGCAAUAAAUACACAUUUCUUUAAUGAAUGGCACUGUAGAUUUCAGGUCUUCCAUCCGAAUAUUUUCAGACCGUUAGCUACAGACCUUUCCUCAUUCUAUACGUAUUCCCGCCUACGGUUUGAACGUGCAAUAAGUGUAUGACAAUCUUGUACUUUUAAAAAGGUAAAUAAUGAUGUGGAAUCCGGUAUCCGGAAAUCUGAAUUAUAAGGCUGAAAAUUAAAAGAUGAUAUAUAACUGCUUUUUAAUUUUAAUUUGUUCUAAGCGUAUGCAAAAUGUGUCUGUAAAUUAAAUAUAAUAAAAACUUUAAAACUCCUGUUUUAAUUAUUUUUACACCGUAUUUGUUAUUUCAAAAGAUAGAAUUAACAGGAGAAGUCAGCAUUAUUGCAUAUUGUACAUUCCACAUUCCAAGUCCGAUUUAGAAGAUCGUUUAGACGAAAUGUGUUAAAUUUUUUCCAACAAGUUUUCAUCCAUGAAUAAUUUAUCAAACAAAUCUAUUUUAUCGGUCUGCAAUUGAUCAAAUUCAUUUAAUUUAUUUUGACUUAUUUUAAAUUUAUCCUAUUCUCAUUGGCCGGUAUCAUUCACGCCUAUUUCUGCAAAUUUUGAUAUAUUUCAAGGUUAUGUUUCUGCAAAAUGUUAACUUUGCUACAUCUAUUUUUUUUUUCAAUUUGUCUUUAGCUGUUAUUAAAAUUUUAUACAUACAUGUAUACUAAUGGAUAUUCAUUUGAUGUAGUGAUACAGCUAGGGUGUCAUUUUUUUGUUUCUUCCCCAAAACAGGAACCUGUUUUUCAAAUUGCUUAUGAUGUGACACUAGGUACCUUUUGAUUAGUAAGCGUUAUUUCACAUGCAUGCAAUGCCAGUGCAACAAGUCUAAAACUAGCAAUUAAUCUUAAUGCAAUAUCAAGGAAAAUAUUCUCUAAAUACACAUUUUCGCGGAUUUCGUUUAUUAGUUGAUCAACGAAAUUAAAUGCUCAUCAAAGUACAUUUCCUAAUGAAAUAAUAUGAUACUGAUAAGAUCAAAGCCUACGAAUCCACGAAAUUGACUUUUACUAUUAUAGCUGCGAACAUUUAGUACACGA